UGUUUCUUUAACUUCGUCUCCUAAUUUCUUGUAUUGUUCGUCUGAACAUCAUUUUGCUUUGAAUUGUUGGAUUUGAGAGCCAAUUUGUUGCUGUUGUCUUGUUGAUUGUGAAUUGCGACUGUUCUUUGGGUAAUCGCAUUGAACAAAUCAUUUCUGGACAGAGAUUUUUUUUUUUUAGCCUUGACUAUGAUUUUUUAUUGUUGCGAUGGCUACUUCAAACUUGGUUGGUGGCCACGAUUUUCUUGAGUUUUGACUUUCGGAUUCUUUAACUCUCUUUCUCUGUUUCUCUGUCUAGAUAGAAUGUAAAUGCCAUUUCAUGUUAUUCUCUUAAGAAGACGUGUAUAUGAUAAUAUCAGUGGCCUACUGAUGACAUUCAUAAAUCAAUUAGAAGGAAUGGAACAAAACGGAGAUUCGGAAUCCGAACGUUUCUUGAGAAAUCAAAGCAGAAAGUUGUUUUACUGGUUGUAAGAGUUUAUGUUGCGUGUUCAUUUUGAAAAGAUCUCGUUUCUUGAGUUCUUGAUAAAUCGAAGCAGAAAUUUGUGUUGCUGUUGUAAGAGUUUAUGUUGCGUAUUGAGUUUGAAAAGCUUGGUUUCUUCGGUAUCUUCUUCGGGAGAGCGUGGAUUGAAACUAUUGGUUGCUGUUUUGUUUUUAUCAGGAAUCUUAUUUGCUGAUUGUUGCCAAAUUCCUUUUUUGUUGUUAUUUCCAGAUGUGCGGCCAUUUAUGGUGCUGCAAAAAUUGGCCUUCUAAAGGCGUUCGGUGUGUUAUUUUGACUUCUCACAGUAUCAUUUUGGGCCUGGUUGAUCAAUGAUUUGAAUCUGAUUAUGUGAUUAAUAUUUUUGAUUUGAUUGAGUGGUUCAUAGUUCGUUCUUGUUCGACGAAUUUUCCUAUGAAAGUGGGCUGAACUUCCCAUUUCUUUCAUGGAUAGUAAUCAGUUUGGUUCUAACUGGGAUGAUGUGAUUUGUUCGAUAUGCUUGGAUUUUCCUCAUAAUGCUGUACUACUUCAAUGCUCGUCGUAUGAUAAAGGAUGUCGCCCCUUUGUGUGCGACACUGACCAUUUACACUCGAAUUGUCUUGGUCGUUUUAAAGAUGCACACAAUACAACUCCCCCAUCAACAUCUGAUGUAGUUCCUCGAAUCAAUGCCGAGCUGGUGGCACCAGAAGGUAAUUGCCAAUUAUGCUGUCCUUUGUGUAGAGGGGAUGUGAAUGGAUGGAAGGUGGUUGAUGAGGCCCGCAUACAUUUGGAUAAAAAAAAGCGUUGUUGUGAGGAGGAACAAUGUAGAUUUAUGGGUACAUAUUUAGAAUUGCAACAGCAUGCUCAGGUGGAACAUCCUCAUGCCCGUCCUUCAAAAAUCGAUCCUGCUCGACAACUAGAUUGGGAAAAUUUUCAACAAUCCUCUGAGAUCAUCGAUGUCUUAAGUACCAUUCACUCUGAAGUUCCUCAUGGGGUGGUGUUUGGAGACUACGUGAUUGAAUAUGGGGACGAUGAAAGUGGGGAUGAGUUCGAGGAUUUCCCUGGGGAUGAUGGUAAUUGGUGGACCUCUUGUAUCUUGUAUCAAGUAUUCGAUAAUUUCAGGAAUUCACGAAACCGAAGGAGAUCAAGAGUUGGCGAUACAAGACGGGGAAGUCGCCGAUCGAGUAACGACUUGUCGAAUUCCGAUGACAGUUUUGUGGCCUCGGUAGAAUUUUCAGAGUACGGUGUAGAAGAUAUUGACGACGAAAUUGUGAAUACAAAUGUCUCUUCAAGGGGUAAUUCCAACCAUAGGAGUUCCCGAAGACGUCGCUCCCGCUUUUACGACAACUAGCCAUUAGCGUCGGAAAAUGAGGCGGAGUUAAGGUAAUAGAGGGUCGAUUUAGACAUCAGAUUCAUGUUAAAUUAUGAUGAUGAUAUGUUCAUCAAACAUUUGAGUUCUUACCUUGUGUGGUUUCUUUCUUUCAAUUUUGUUUGGUGUCUUUAUGGGGUUUUCCCAAGAUGUAUUCUGCUCGCUCAAAUAUUGUCAAAAGGGAUUGGAU